UUCAUUGGCUGUCCUUGAACUAAAUAGGCCAGGCUGGCCUCGAACUCAUAGAUCCUCCCUGCCUCUGCCUCCCCGACAGCUGGGUGGGAAUAAAAGCGUGAGCCACUAGACUCGGCUUCCGUCGGUUAUUUCCAGCUAUGCAGAAAGAUGUUCAUGAAUGAUAAAAACACGUUAGGGCCAAGGGCUUUCCUCCCCGGGUUGCUGCCGCUAUCCCGGUUAGUGUGCCUCUCGCUGCGGCUUGAUGGCCCUAAGGUUUAGUGUGGGUAUGGCCGUUAUAAUCCACUGACCUCUAGCAAGGAUAAGAAUAAGCCAGCUUAAAACAGGUGACAGUUUUCGUAUGAGGGUCCAGUGUGUUACAGAAAAUGGAACCCUAUUCCUGUGACACUUUUGUGGCAUUACCUCCAGCUACAGUUGGUAAUAGAGUAAUUUUUGGAAAAAAUUCAGACAGACUCUUCGAUGAAGUACAAGAAGUCAUUUAUUGUCCAGCGGCAGUUCAUAAUGACUUGGGAAAACGUCUUAAGUGUACUUAUAUAGAAAUUGAUCAAGUUCCUGAAACUUAUGCUCUUGUCCUUAGUCGCCCAGCUUGGUUGUGGGGGGCAGAAAUGGGAGCCAACGAACAUGGAGUCUGCAUUGGGAAUGAAGCUGUGUGGGGAAGAGAAAAUGUUUCUAAGGAGGAAGCACUUUUGGGCAUGGACCUUGUCAGACUUGGCCUUGAAAGAGCUGAUACAGCUGAAAAAGCUCUCGAUGUCAUUGUUGACUUAUUAGAAAAAUAUGGCCAAGGUGGAAAUUGUGCAGAGGGUGAAGAAUUUAGCUAUUAUAACAGUUUCCUGAUAGCUGAUAGGAAUGAAGCCUGGAUUCUGGAGACUUCAGGGAAGUACUGGGCAGCAGAAAAAGUCCAAGAAACAGGAGUUCGUAAUAUUUCCAAUCAGUUCUCCAUCACAACCAAGAUUGACCGGGAGCACCCUGACAUGAGAAACUAUGCUAAGCAGAAAGGCUGGUGGGAUGGCAGGGAAGACUUUGACUUUACUGCAGCAUAUUCUUACAUUAACACAGCUUCAAUGAUGACUUCGUCAAGCAGAUACUGUCAGGGAUACAAGCUUCUGAAUAAGCAUAAAGGAAACAUAACUUUUGAAACAAUGACGGAAAUUCUUCGAGAUAAACCAAGUGGCAUCAAUAUGAAGGGGGAAUUCCUAACCACUGCAAGUAUGGUUUCUGUUUUACCUCAAGAUUCCAGCCUUCCUUGCAUUCACUUCUUUACAGGGACUCCACAUCCUGAGAGGUCUGUUUUUAAGCCUUUCAUAUUUGUACCACAUGUUUCACAACUGUUGGAUACAAAAUCCCCGACAUUUGAACUUGAAAGACUCAUGGCAAAGAAGCCAUAUAUCAGGCCUGACAGAAGACACCUACUCUACCAAAAACAUCAACAGGCCUUGGAGGUGAUGAGUAGUAGUAAGGAAAACAGCAAGACAAUGUUGGACCACAUGAGGAAGCUGGAAAAAGAAGUGUUUGAAGAGAUGGAAUCAAUCCUCCAAAACAAGCAUCUUGACGUGGAUAAAAUUGUUAAUCUCUUUCCUCAAUGUGUGAAAGAUGAAAUUAAAAUUUAUCAGUCAAGUAUUAGUUCUUAAUGAUAUGUAGGUGGUCAAAAAUCUUCCUCACUGCCCAGAUAAAUGAUACAAAGCUACUUUAAGGAGAUCUGAUUAUUCCCUCAUAUUAAGUGAUAUUUUGACUGUUAAAACCACAGUAAUUAGUGUUCAGUAUUUCAAGCAUGAAACAUUAACAUGAUGCAUGGGCUGUGUUUAUUAUAUUCUGUAGUGCCCUUAAGUCAUUUUCUCAAUUAAGAAAGCUCAGAGCCCCCCCUUUUUUUUAAGCAAUGGAAAGUAUGUCAAGUGAUUUUUUGUGCUUUAGGCAAAUACUAACCAGCUUUAGAAAAAUUAGAAAAAUGUCUAAGGCUAAUGCUGCAUCCCCUCAGAACUGUUAGUCUGUUUGUUAUCUGGGUAACUGGAAUCUUACAGACUUUUCAGUUUGGCUUCUUCAAUACGCAGCUUCCACCAUGCCUCUAUGCUGCCAUAGCUCAUUUCUUCUUAGCAUGGAAUAAUGCCUUCUGUGGGGUGUGUCACUACUAAAGGGCGUCUUGGCUGCUUCCAAACUUUGGCAAUUGUGAGCAAACAUCCAGGUGCAAGUUGCUGUGUCGUUCUAAGUGUCCAACCCAUUUUGGCUGAAAACUGGGGGAACUGCAGAUCCUGUGGUGUGAGUGAGGAACUGCCGAGCCGUCUGCCAGAAGCUGCCACUCCUACCCCUUCUAGCCCAUUGCUCUGUCCUGGCCAGUUGCCCGUGUUCUAGAAUUUGGUCAUUCUAAUCAUUUUUUAGGUAACAGGGAUUGAACCAUGACCUCGCACUUUCUCUUUUUUUAAUUUGUAAUUCCAAAUGGCGUAUGAUGCUGAGCUUCAUCUUGAAAGCUUAUUGCCACUUGGACAUCUUCUUUGAUGAGGUGUCUAGAUCUUGGCCCAUUCUAUAAUCAGGUGCUUUUUAUUUAUUAUUCAUUUAUUUUACUAGGGAGUCUACACUUCAUUUUUCUUAGCUUUUAAAAUUUUAUCUUGUGUGUAUGAGGGUUUUGGUCCAUGUACGUCUGUGCACCACACAAAUGCCUGGGGCCCUCAGAGGGUAUGAGAUCCUCUACACCUAGAGCUUCAGAUGGCUGUGAGCCACCACGUGGGUGAUGAGGACCAAACCCAGGUCCUUUGCAAGAACAACAAGUGACUCUUAACCAUGAGCCAUCUCUGCAGUCCCUCCCACCCCCAAGUCAAACCUCUUCAAGCUCGUUGUUCUUAGGGUAAAGCCUCACUCCUUAACAAAUGCCAGCAAGAGAUGCUGUUGAUUUUGUGCCCCUUUUAUAUAGUAGUACACAUUUGUUCUUGAUUUUUCUUUCAACGAUGGUGGUCUUUUAAGUCCUUAAAUGUACCCAGUGUGCGCAUUCCAGCCUCAUGGCUGUACCCUCUGCAUGUACCUCCCUUUUAUGUAAGUAGUUCUUUUCAUCCUUAGAGCUUGCUAACAAAUGAGUUUCUUAGGCAUUUUCCUUCCAUAUACUCAGGAUCAUAUGUGGCUCCAAAUUAAUCAUACAUUUAAUAUUUCACAGUAGAAUAGACGUUCCAUGAUGGCCCAUUGUUCAGUAUUAUACUUGGAUGCUUUGCUAUUAUAUAUAGUAUUUGUUAAAGGAACAUCCAAA